CAUUGACUCUCACAGCCGCGGAGGCCAUUGAAGGUGAGCUUCAGCGCGGGACAGGAGCACGCGCGACGCCGCCUUCUCAGAGGAACGUGGGCGGCCCAGCGCGCAAGCACGUUGGUCGGCAGCGCCCGCUACUGCAAGGAGCGCCCUCCGUUGAGGUGCCGCAUGCUGGACGAGGGCCUCACGCACCGAUGGAUCCGAUCGAUGUGCAAUCUAGGCUCCCCAUAUGACUGCCGCCUCUUAUAAGGAUAGCUACUGACGGGCGCAGGCGCACAGAGCUCUUCUCUACUUGAAUCCUCCUCCAUUUCGCUAGCCGACGACCAAGAUGCGUCUUAUCAUCCGCGAGGACCCCACCCAUGUUGGCGAAUAUAUCGCAAACUACAUCUGCAAGCGAAUCAACGCCUUCGCGCCAACGCCCGAAAAGCCGUUCGUGCUCGGGCUCCCCACCGGCUCCUCCCCAAUCCCGACAUACAAGGCCCUGAUCAAGCUGGUGAAGGAUGGGAAGCUCUCCUUCAAGAACGUCGUCACAUUCAACAUGGACGAAUACGUGAACCUGCCCGAAGAUCACCCUGAAUCCUACCACACAUUCAUGUUCCGCGAGUUCUUCUCCCAUGUCGAUAUCCCGCCAUCGCAGGUGAACAUUCUGAACGGGAACGCGAAGGACUUGAUUGGCGAGUGCAAGGCGUACGAGGAGCGCAUCAAGUCGUAUGGGGGGAUUGAGCUUUUCCUCGGCGGCAUCGGCGAAGACGGGCACAUCGCCUUCAACGAGCCCGGUUCGUCGUUGGCCUCCCGCACGCGCAUCAAGACCCUCGCCUACGACACCAUCACCGCCAACGCGCGCUUCUUCAACAACGACAUCUCGAAGGUGCCGCACAUGGCGCUCACCGUCGGCGUCGCGACCGUGCUCGACUCGCGGGAGGUCGUCGUCGUGGUCACCGGGCUGAAGAAGGCGCUCGCGCUGAGCAAGGCGAUCGAGGAGGGGAUCAACCAUCUGUGGACGCUGUCGGCGCUGCAGCUGCACCCGAGGUCGCUGAUUGUGGUGGAUGAGGACGCGACGAAUGAGUUGCACGUGAAGACGGUGAAGUACUUCAAGUCGAUCGAGCGCGUGCAGGACGAGGUCGAGGAGGCGCACGCGAAGCUACUCGCAGAGGAUAAGAGCGAGCUUGUGCAGAACAUCGGGAGCAUGGAGUAGAAAUACUGAAUUGGUUUCGUGGUUCUUGGGAUACAGUGUAUGUAUUUUUACUGGGAAAUCCUAUCUAUCGGGAACAACGGGUUCGUGAACGAUGC